CGCUGCGGCGCAGCAAGGGCCAGCGGAGAGCAACCAAAUGCAGGCCUCUGGGCAGAAGCGCAAGCUGGACGUGGGUGAUACCAGCGGCCUGAUGGCCUCGACGGCUUCCGGCACGGGCGUCAACCCAUACACGAACCGGCCGUACUCGAGGCGGUUCUACGAGAUCCUCGAGACGCGCAAGCGGCUGCCCGUGUGGGAGCAGAAGGACGAGUUUUUCGAGAUGAUGCGCAAGAACCAGACGAUGGUGCUGGUUGGCGAGACGGGCUCGGGAAAGACGACGCAGAUCCCGUCGUUCAUGGUGGACACGGGCGUCACGCGCGGCAAGCGCAUGGUCGCGUGCACCCAGCCGCGCCGCGUCGCCGCGAUGUCGGUGUCCAAGCGCGUCGCCGAGGAGAUGGACGUCGAGCUCGGCGAGGAGGUGGGGUACACCAUCCGGUUCGAGGACAUGACGGGCACAAAGACGAUCCUCAAGUACAUGACCGACGGCAUGCUGCUGCGCGAGGCGAGAUGCCACGCUCAGACCGCUCGCCCACCGGGCCUUGCGAUGGCGGACCCGCUGCUCGAGCGGUACGCAGCCGUGAUCCUAGACGAGGCGCACGAGCGUACUCUCUCGACCGACAUUCUCUUCGGCGCCGCCGAGGAGGCCCCGGGCUCCUCCCGCCCGAGAGAGACGCGAGAUCACGCGAGAUUGUGCCGGCCUGCUAGGCCUCAUCAAGGAGGUCGCCAUCCAGCGGCCAGACCUCAAGCUCGUGGUCAUGUCCGCCACACUCGACGCGGGCAAGUGCCGGGCCGGCUCCACCCGGUCGAGAUCUUUUACACGCCGGAGCCGGAGCGAGACUACCUCGAGGCCGCCACCCGGACGGCGUGCAGGGGCGCCAGGACACGCCCAUGCCAUGUCCACCUCUGCGAGGGGGAGGGGGACAUCCUCGUCUUUUUGACGGGCGAGCAGGAGAUCGAGGACGCGUGCCGCAAGACCAAGCAGGAGGUGGACAACUUGGGAGACCAGGUUCCCGACGUGCUCGUGCUCCCCCUCUACUCGACGCUGCCGAUGGACCGCCAGCGACAGAUCUUCGACCCGCCGCCGCCGCCGCGCAAGCCGGGCGACCCGAUGGGCCGGAAGAUCAUCUUCUCGACAAACAUCGCCGAGACGUCCCUCACCAUCGACGGCAUCGUGUACGUCGUCGACCCGGGCUUCGCGAAGCAAAAGGUGUACAACCCGCGCAUCCGGGUCGAGUCGCUGCUCGUCUCGCCAAUCUCAAAGGCGUCGGCGCACCAGCGCGCCGGCCGCGCCGGCCGCACCAAGCCGGGCAAGUGUUUCCGCCUCUACACGGAGGUUGCGUACAAGACGGAGCUGAUGGAGCAGACGUACCCCGAGAUCCUGCGUUCGAACCUCGGCUCGGACCUGGUGCACUUUGACUUUAUGGACCCGCCCGCGCCCGAGACGCUCAUGCGCGCGCUCGAGCUGCUCAACUACCUCGGCGCCCUCGACGACGAGGGCGCGCUCACCGAGCUCGGCUCGAUGAUGGCCGAAUUACCCGCAGGCCACUGCCCGCAGGCAAAGAUGCUCCUCUACUCGCCGCAGCUCUCGUGCUCGAACGAGAUCCUCUCCGUCGUCUCGAUGCUCAACACACCCAACCCGUUCAUGCGGCCCCGCGAGGCGGCCAAGGCGGCCGACGAGGCCAAGGCGCGCUUCCAGCACGUCGACGGCGACCACCUGACUCUGCUCAACGAGUCCGCCUCGUGGUGCUACGACAACUUCCUCAACGCGCGCUCGAUGAAGUCGGCUGACUCCAUCCGCGCGCAGCUGAUGCGCGUGAUGAACCGCUUCGGUCUCGAGCUCAAGUCGCCAGACUUCAACUCGAAGGAGUACUACACCAACAUCCGGAAGUGCCUGCUCGCCGGCUUCUUCAUGCAGGUGGCGCACCUCGAGCGCACCGGCCACUACCUCACCGUCAAGGACAACCAGGCGGUGGUCGCGCUGCACCCGUCCACCGUGCUGCAGCACAAGCCCGAGUGGUGCGUGUACAACGAGUUUGUGCUCACCUCCAAGAACUACAUCCGGAUGGUGUCCGACAUCAAGGGCGAUUGGCUGAUCGAGCUCGCGCCGCACUACUACGACCUCAAGAACUUCCCCAGCUGCGAGGCCAAGCGGACGCUGGAGCGCAUCUACCUCAAGAAGGGAAGAGCAGCGUAGAGGCCUCUGCUGCCUCCUCCCCCUCCCCGGCGCCGAUGCUUCACGCCGAAGCGCCGCGUCUCUGGGUGGCUCGGGCUUUGCGCUCCCCCGGAGAGCGCGGGAUUCGCGGUCGACAAGACUGCGGUACCCAUCAUCAGGUGGCCGUAGGGUACGAAAAACAUGGUGAGUGAGGUGUGGCACGGCUACUACGUAUCUGUUCUGUAAGAGUCUGUGCCAUGCG